AUGGGGGUGACAUGUUUUACCCAAGAGCUUGCAUGCCCAAACUCGCCCAUAAGAAUGUUCAUGGCCUUAAUCCAGUAUUCCAGUACCUUAAUCCCCAAGCUGCUGCCUCAAUUCAUAAAGAGUGUGGAGGUCAUUGAAGGAGAUGCGGCAGCAGGAAAUGGGAGCAUUGAACAGGUCAAUUUCACUCGAGGUAGCCAUUUCAAGUAUGUGGAGCACAUAAUUGAUGCUGAGCUUGACAAGGAGAAGCUUGUGUGCAAAUACACCCUGACUGAGGGUGGCCCAUUGGGUGACAAGCUUGCAUCCAUUGCUUAUGGUGUUAGGUUUGAAGCAGCUAGCAAUGGUGGGUGCAUCUAUAAAAUAACAAGUGAAUACACCGCCACUGGGGAGCUUCAAGAGAAGGAAGAAGAAAUCAGGUCAGGCAAAGAGAGUGCGAUGGGGAUUUACAAAGUUUUGGAAGCCUACAUCUUGGGCAAACCCCAUGCUCAUAUUUAA